AUGUCACAUUGCAUUGAUCCACAGGACAAGUGCGCUCUCCAGGACUAUGCCCCAACUCGGACAAUUUUUGACGAGCUUGACCCUGCGGACAUGCUUGUUGCGGAACGAUUCCGCCAUAUUCUGGAACAGGGCGCAAGGGUAACACCUACCUUUACUUGGUCGGAACAAUCCCAAUUUCUUUGGGAUCUCCCAAGUAGAACUGCCCUCGCUGUGGAGUCACCAUACGGUAAGGACAGUAAUGACCGAUGCUUCAAGACGGAAAGUACAUUUCGCCAUACCUUUGUUUUUCUCUACAAGAGCGGCUACUUGGACAAAACGACCGGCGAUCGCUUGGGCAAGGCUUUCUCCGGAGCCUUACUUCUUCGUCUGCUACUCAAGGGCCACAAGUUUGUUGACUUUCGGCCACUUUAUUCCGUCCUUCUUUCGGAUACACCAAUGGGCCAAGUCAUGCACUGUUGGAGCCGGAUGUUCACCGCCUGUUUGUUACAUUACAACUUGGAUGUAGCUACUGCCGUUCGCUAUGUUGGGAACAUACAUACAGGGGCCCAUCGUGAUUGGAACGCUUUGGAACCAGAGCUACGUGCGGCAUCAGUCGAUGAUGGUCUUGUUGCAAAUUUACGGCGCGUGCUCGUUGACGGUUGUCCAAAUUAUGUCAAUGCUACGUUGUCCGAGAAGAAUCGGCGAUCCUUCGCUGAAUAUGGAAAUCACGACUCAGUUUAUACCAAUGUCGAAAAAACACAGAAAGCAGUCCAGAAGGAUUUCGCCCGAUCCCACAGCCUUGUUGGCAACCCUCUGUUGACACCUUUCCUACCAGAUACACAGCAGAUCCCACAUGGCCUGGUGGUUGUCCCAGGAAAGAGCGAUCGUCAAAUCUUUGAUGGCACUUUUCGUCCUUUGCUUGAGUCUAUCGCUACCAACGAUAUGACAACCAAAGAUACGGAGCACAAGGUCGAAUUUCCAAAAUCGCUUCGGAACCACCUGGCAUAUAUCUACAAUGCUCGGAUCAGCUACAAAUCUGAGGAACUUUACCUUGGUGACGACGACGUCUUGGGCGCCUUUUGCCACGGGAAAUGGAACCCAAAUGUGAUUGGCAUGCACGCGUUUUCCAUUUUUGGUUUCCUGUUUUUCUGCACUGGUCUGACAUUCGGUGGCAAUACCUGUCCGUCGAAUUUUGAGAUUAUAGCCUUAAGCCGUAUGACUCUUGCACGCUUCCUCUGGUCACAGGCUUCUACAAUUGCUAGGGUUCUACGAUACCUUCCGGCGAUAUCGACAUCACCUGAACCAACACCUGACGAGAUCGCACAGUUCACCCCAGCGGAAGCUGACUCCAUCAACAAAGGUGUCUUCAUUCCGGACGGAUCUCGGAUCCCACCCAAUUUCGACCACCAUGUGGAUGAUUGUCUUUAUGUUGAUGUCGCAAAGACACUGAGACAAACAAUAGCCUCCAGUGUUCAGGCUCUGUAUUUGAUCCUUGGCUUCCCAGAUGCUUCAAAAGGGAUUCGAGAUUGCGUGUCUUGGGAAAAGUUCACCACUACUUUCUCCCAUCGUCGACACUGCCUUGGCUGGUUGAUUGAUUCCCGCGCCCUUACGGUGAGCCUCCCAUCUGAGAAACGAGAUCGUAUCAUCCAACAGCUUCGGACCUUUCUACGGAAACAUUGUCUAACCCUUCAAGAAAUUGCAGAACUCUUUGGUCUGUGUUAG